UGUGGAGGCAGCGCUGGGAAGGAGCCUGAGAGCAGCUGAGAGAGCCCUGAGGAGGAGGGGAGACCCCAAAAGCUGCACCCCAAAAGCUGCACCCCACUGUGGCCUCCUGCCCCCAGUGACAAAUGUCAACAGCUCGGGAGCAGCCCAUUUUCAGCACCAGGGCUCACGUGUUCCAGAUCGACCCGGCCACCAAGCGGAACUGGAUCCCGGCGGGCAAACACGCCCUGACCGUCUCCUACUUCUACGAUGCCACCCGGGGCGUCUACAGGAUCAUCAGCGUGGGGGGCGCCAAGGCCAUCAUCAACAGCACCAUCACCCCCAACAUGACCUUCACCAAAACCUCCCAGAAGUUCGGGCAGUGGGCAGACAGCAGAGCCAACACCGUCUACGGGCUGGGCUUCGCCUCCGAGCAGCACCUGGCGCAGUUUGCAGAGAAAUUCCAGGAGGUGAAGGAAGCUGCUCGUGUGGCCAGGGAGAAAUCCCAGGAUAAAACUGAGCUGACCAACCCUGCCCUGAGCAUCACAUCCCACCAGGUGCCCCCAUGGCCGGCGCUGGCCCGGCAAGUGAGCCCCGUGCUCAGCUCCAACGGGCCCGGCGAGGACAAGCUGUUCCGCAGCCAGAGCGCCGACGUGGACAGCGGCACCGAGCGGGAGCGGCUCAAGAAGAUGCUCUCGGAGGGCUCUGUCAGCGAGGUGCAGUGGGAAGCUGAAUUUUUCAGCCUCCAGGACAACAACUCCCGGCUGGUGGCCGCCCUGCACGAGGCCAACGCCAACGUGGAGCAGUGGAAGAAGCAGCUGGUGGCGUACCAGGAGGAGACUGAGACCCUGAGACAGAGGGUGGCAGAGCUGGAGUCACAGGGCACUCAGGACUCCUCCAGUGACAACAACAAGGAGGAGCUGAGCCAAACCCUGGAGGAGCUGGAGCUGCUGCUCAAGGCCAAGGACGAGGAGAUCCAGAUGUUGAAGAGCCAGAGGUGCGGCCGCUGGGAGGCCGAGGGCGAGCGCGAGGAGACGCUGCAGAGGCUGCAGGCUGAGAGGAUCCAGAGCCAAUCCCACCAGAAUGGGGAGAUCCAGAAGCAGCUUGAGAGCCAAUCCCAGCAGCCUGGGAAGGAUCCAAAUGGAAGGACCCAGAACCAAUUCAGAGCAGCUCCAGGGGGCCACCGUGGGUCCGUCUGGGGGCUCUGA